AAAGAUACCACCACAAUGCCUGACUUCGAAAACUUAUACCAAAAAGCCGAAGCAGGCGAUCUCAAAAGCCUCCACAGCUACUGCCGCUACUACCUCAACAACCUAGGCACUAUAAUCGAAACCUCCACAGAGGUAUUCGUCUGCACUGACAAGAAAUUCAUCAUGCGAGACAAAACCACACGCAUCCUCCUGCGCGGCGAAGUCUCAGACAUAGAGGACCUCGAGAGCAUGAAGGAAAGCCUCUCGCGUGAUCUUUUCAAAGAUAUUGGGGAUCGCGAGGAGGCUUGUACUGCGUUUGGGUUUGCGGCAACAAUGGUUGGUGGUUUGAAGUGUGCAUUUGUUGAGGUAGUUAGGUAUCCGGAUGGGAGUGUUUGGAUUGGUGUAGAGGGGCCGUUGAGUCUUAAGGAGAGGGAUGUUGAUGUCCAGGGGGCUUUGAGGCAGAUUUUAGAGAGAUGUUCGUUUCGCGAGGAGUGA